CCCAGUGAAAGAUUUCAACACAACACCAAGUCCGCUAGUCGAAUACUCGGUCCUUCGGCCACCGUCCCACAACCGAAACUCUUUAGAGUUCCCUGUACAUUACAUGAUUUAGGUAUGGGCCACCCACAGGACCAGGUCCAACACUACUCCCUCACAGAUCCCGAAGGGUUCUGGGGCCACCAGGCGGAGCAAUUGCACUGGCACAAGAAGCCGUCGGCGGUGCUCGCGCGGACAAGCAAGAAGCUCAAGAGCGGUGUCUCGCAUGACCAUUGGGCAUGGUUUCCCGACGGCGAGAUAUCAACAUGCUACAACUGCGUUGAUCGCCAUGUGCUCGCCGGCCGCGGCGAUGCCCCUGCCAUUCUCUACGACAGCCCCGUCACCAACACCAAGCAGCGCAUCACGUACAAGCAGCUGCUGGACGAGGUUGAGGUCUUUGCUGCUGCCCUGCGGCAAGAGGGCGUCAAGAAGGGGGAUGUCGUGCUUGUCUACAUGCCCAUGAUCCCCGCCGCCUUGAUCGGCAUCUUGGCGGUCAACCGUCUUGGCGCCAUUCAUGCCGUCGUCUUUGGAGGUUUUGCCUCCGGUGCCCUAGCUCAACGGAUCGAAGCGUCACGUCCUGUAGCCAUCCUCACGGCAUCGUGCGGGAUCGAGGGCACCAAGGCGCCCGUCAGCUACCGCGGCUUUGUGGAAGAGGCCAUCCGCAUCUCAUCCUGGAAGCCACCCCGGACCAUCAUCUGGCAGCGCGACCAACUACUCUGGAGACCCACCCUCAAGACAGAGGGCCAGAGGAAGUGGCAGCACCUCGUCAAGAGCGUCCGGGCUCGCGGCUUCAGGGCCGAGUGCGUGCCCGUCAAGUCGACAGACCCCAUCUACAUCAUCUACACCAGCGGCACAACCGGCCUACCAAAGGGCGUGCUGAGAGAGUCGGGCGGCCAUGCGGUUGGUCUGCACAUGUCAAUCUCCUACCUCUUUGGUAUUCAUGGGCCAGGCGACGUGAUGGGCUGCUUUAGCGACAUUGGCUGGGUCGUCUCGCACAGCUACACGCUCUACGGGCCUCUCCUCGCCGGCGCAGCCACUGUGCUUUACGAAGGCAAGCCCGUCGGUACCCCGGACGCAUCCGCCUUUUGGCGUCUCGUGGAGGAAUACAAGAUCAACAGCAUGUUUACCGCGCCAACCGCGCUGCGGGCAAUUCGAAAGGACGACCCGGAUAACUCGCAUCUUACCCGCAUAGGAGAGCGCGGUGGUUUGAGGAGCCUCAGGGCCUUGUUCCUCGCCGGUGAGCGGUCCGAACCGGCCAUCAUCACCAUGUACCAAGAUCUGCUGGGUAAAUAUGGUGCAAAGAACGGCUGUCAUGUUGUGGAUAACUGGUGGUCGUCGGAAUCCGGCUCGCCUAUUUCUGGCAUUGCCAUGGUGCCGCACGCUGGUAAGGAUAGAAGAACGGCCGUGAGAGACCACCCGCCAUUGCCUAUCAAGCCUGGCAGUGCUGGAAAGGCCAUGCCGGGGUUUGACGUGAGGGUUGUUGACGACGAGGGCAACGAACUCCCCCGCGGUAAGAUGGGCAACAUUGUGUUAGCCCUCCCGCUGGCGCCCACCGCAUUUCGCACAUUAUGGGAAGACGAAGAGAGGUUCUACAAAGGCUACCUCAAGCGCUUUGGCGGUAGGUGGCUAGAUACCGGCGAUGCCGGCUGGAUCGAUGAGAACGGCUACAUCCACAUCAUGGCGCGGUCAGACGACAUAAUCAACGUCGCCGCCCACCGUCUCAGCACGGGCACCCUCGAGCAGGCCAUCACCUCACACCCUCUGGUAACAGAAGCCAGCGUAGUCGGCAUGCCCGACGCGCUCAAGGGCCACCUGCCCUUUGCCUUUAUCACCACUACCGCCACCACCACGCCGAUCCCGGACGACGAGAAGCUCUUCUCGGAAAUCCAGAGCCUCGUCCGCUCCCAGGUCGGCCCCAUCGCCAGCCUGGGCGGCAUGAUUCGGGGCAGGGGGAUGAUUCCCAAGACCAGGUCGGGGAAGACGCUGAGAAGAGUGCUCCGCGAGCUGAUUGAGAAUGCGGUGCAGGGAGAGUUCGACAAGCCUGUUAGUGUGCCGUCGACGGUGGAGGAUGCUGGUGUGGUUGACGUGGCGAGGCGGAAGGUGAGGGAGUACUUUGAGAAGAGGAGGAACGGUGGGGUGGCUGGUGGAGGACACCGGGAUGUUGAGGCGAAGGCGAAGCUGUGAUUAGGGGGUGGUUCAAGUUGUGCGUGCUAGGGGUGUUGGAGUUGGAGUUGUUCCUCUUUCCUCGUCUAAAGCAUCUUUGAAGGGUUGCUUGAAGAGCCAAAGGACAA